AUGGUGUCUCCUGCCAUCGCUCUGGCCUUUCUCCCCCUCCUGCUGACACUGAUCAUCAGGUACCGUUACUACUUUGUGCUGUUCUAUCGGGCCAUCCUGGUCAGGAUAUGGAAGGACUGUGUUACUGGUCUGACUCGAGAGGAGCGUGCCUACCAGUAUAUUCUCACUCAUGCCACCCCUGGGGACCCUGACAGCAUCCUGGAUGCCUUUGAUGUCUGGUGCAGCAAGGUGGAGUUCAUCAGUAACAUUGGGCCUAAAAAGGGGAAGAUCCUGGACCGGCUGCUGAUGGAGCAGAGCCCUCUGACGGUGCUGGAGCUGGGUACCCACUGUGGGUACAGCACUGUGAGGAUCGCCCGGGCUCUGCCCCUGGGUGCCAGGCUCUACAGUGUUGAGAUGGACCAGAGGAAUGCUGCUAUUGCUGAGAAAAUCAUCCGCCUGGCAGGGUUUGAUGAUGACAUGGUGGAGCUCAUCGUGAAUCCAUCUGAUGAAGUGAUCCCUCGGCUGCGGUCUGACUAUGGUUUGGAAAGGCUGGAUUUUGUCUUCAUGGACCACUGGAAGAAAUCCUACUGCCCUGAUCUGCAGAUGCUAGAGGGCUCUGGUCUGCUGGGAAAAGGCUCUAUGAUCGUGGCCGACAACGUGCUAUUUCCCGGGGCUCCUAAGUUCCUCAGACACAUUCGCAAGAGCGGCCUGUAUGAGUGGAAGAUCCACAGGGCCACGCUGGAGUACAGCAAGGGCAUCAGGGAUGGGAUGGCUGAGCUGGUGUACCAGGGAAUCAAGUAGAUCAUGCAGACAGGGAAAUCACACUCCAUUACACAGAUACACACUUUAGGGGAGGAGGGUGAUGAAUCAAUGACAGUAUACCCCAUGUAUAAACUAUUCUUUGAGGAAAAAUGUGAUGGAGAAGAUAACUGUAAAUUCCUCCCUGAAAACAAGAGCAUCUCAGUCUCUAGUUUUUCAGUGAUGCAUAAUGUCUCAACUCAAGGAACUGCACAUAAAUUCUUAAAAGAUACCUCACUGCCAGCUCCCUGUCCUGGGUAUUUAUAUAUAAACAAUAUCAAUAUUUUUAUUCCUUUUAGGGAUCUUAGUCACAUGUCACCAUCUUGUCAUAAUCUUCUGCCUGCUAUCUAAUAAAAUCUAAUCUAAUCUAAUGAAAAUAGCUUGUUUAUUUAAACAUACAGUAACUAACAAAUUUGUAAAUAACAAUAAUGAUAAUGACUACAAGAGCAAAUUCAUGA